GUCUAUCCCCGCCCCGGGCGCCCUUGCGUCCAGGCCCUGGGCUGGUCCUGCGCCCGGGUAAGGGACAGGCACCCAGGCCUUGGCUCUCCCAGGGCCCCUGGACUUGGUGUGGGUGUGUGUCGCCUAGGUGGCAGUAGCUGGACAGGACUGCCCCGUGCCCCCUCUCCCAGGUCUUUGCUGAGGCCCAAGACUUCUCCACUUAGCGCCUCCCAGGAAACCUGGCAGCUGCUCUCGGGGCGUGGGGGGGUGGCGUGUGGAGGAGACGGAGGGGCCCUCCACCCACCGCAGGGUGUAGGCCCUGAACCCCAGGCCACAGCCCAACCGGUCGGAAGCUCCAAGACCUCUGCAGGGGGGAGAGGGUGCUGGUGGCCUGAUGCAGUCAGGAGAGGUAGAGAAGCAAAACACCAUAAAAGGAAUGGGGCUCCGGAAGCUGAGACUCCUGCAGGAGGGAGGCCCCCUUCUGCCUCCCUGGCAACAGUGGUGGGGAGGGGCCCUCCCCCUGUGUCCCCGUCAUGAUGGGUGUGGGUCCAGGUCCUCUGCUGCUCCAUGCGCACAGGUAGCACAUACCAUGUGCCACACACAACCAAGGCCAGUCAAGACCCCCUAGCCCUGCUGCCGGUCUUCCGCUCUCACACGCACACUGCACACUCAUCCCCCCUCCCCCACAGAGAUACUCAUAGCUCCCCACCCACCCAUCCUCCCCCCGUCCAGUCAUCCCCGUCCACGCCCAGCCCCUCACACCAGGCCCGCCGGCCCCCCGGUCUCGUUAGCACACUCAAGGGCACGCGGGUACCCCCGCUCUGGAGUCCCCAUUCCCUGCCCCCCUUGGAGGCCCCUUCCCUGCCACCCCCUGCCGCCCCCCAGAGGCAAUCUGCCACUCCUUUCCCUCUCUGAGCUUCCACCCUUGGUGGGGGAAUGUCUCUGGCAGAAACUCCCCCAAAAUCGCUCUCCUGGCAUUUCUAAUUAAAGGCAAGUGGGUGAGCAGAGAGGGGAGGGUGGAGGGGCAGCACAGAGCAGGGAGGGGGAGUCGGGCCAGAAGCUGCGAGAACAGGAACCCCCGAGCGUGCGAGCCUGUGUGUAAGAUGCCUGUGCCGCGGCGAGCGGGCUGGUCACCGCGGGGCCUGAGUGGAGCCGCGAGCCCGCGACCGUGUCUGGGUGAGCCCAGGCCUGCGUCCGAGGGCCCUGCUCUGGAAAGGCACGCGAUGAGCCAGCUGGGCAGGGACCUCGCUCGCACACCUGCAUUGUGUGUGCGCGCGCGCGUGCACACGCAUGCGGUGGGAGUGCCAGAACCAUCACUCGAGUGACCAGGAGCCACCCCUCCACUUCCUCCCACGGUUGACAAAGGCCAUGUGGCCCCUGGGGGCCGGCACCCAGACCCAGGAGCCCUGACCAGCUGGGCGGCCCAGGCAGGAGACUGGAAGGGGAGGCAUCCCCUUUGUGGGGGGGGCAGGCAGGAGAGGGGAUCUUAGGGCAGCCCAGCAGGCAGGGCUGGUCUUGACCCAGACCCUUGGUGGGCCGUCUGCGUGGCCAGCCCAGCCUGACGUGUGGCGGGGGGGCACGGCCCAGAGGCUGCAUUCGCGAGGCCGCCGUGACAGGUGACAGGCCACAGCCACUGAUCCGGGAACGCCUAGUUGCUACCAGCUUUCGCGCCAGAAGCCCUCAGCACACCCCACACUGCAGCCUCAGGCUCCACUCUUCCGCCUCCGCGAAGGGGCCUGGCCAGCUCCCAUGCCUGAGGUGGGGGCUGCCCCCGCCCUGCUCCUCCGUGCCCCCCUCCCACAGGCAGCCUCACCCAGAGCAGGACGACUCAGGGCCACAGGCCGAGCGCGGCAGGUGGAGUGGGGAGCCAGGCCUGGGCCUGGAGGCGGGGGGCCUGGGCUUCCCCAGCUCUCAGAACCAGGCUGGUCUGCUGCUCCUCAGGCCUGCCAGCUCCCGAGGUCUCGCCUGCCUUAGAAGAUGGGGGCUUUGCGGGGGAGGGUGGGCAGGCAGGGUGACCACAGGAGGGUCUGCCCAGCGCUGGGAGCCACGCAGCCCCCAUUCCAGCCCCUCUGGGGCUCUGCCCCUCUGCCCCUAGGGCCCCGGGCUCCCAGACCCCAGGUGAUGCUCUCCUGAUGCUAAGAUGCUUAUUUCGACGGGGGUCUCCCCGCAAGUCCACAGCCUCAGGAAACCCACCCCAAACAGAGCCCUGGGUGUCUCCACUUUCCCCGGACAGCCCCCGCCCUCCCAGCAGCUGCUGCCUUCCCAGGGCUGCUCUGUGACCAAGUCCUCCCCGACGGGGCUCACACACCGGCCUCUGCAGACCCCUCAGUGCCAGUCCCUGGGCCCCCAGAGGUGCUGGAGGUACCCCUCAGCAGGGCAGAACAGGCCGUGCAACCCGAGCUCCCUCCCCGGCCCUCCUGGGGGCCGGAGCUGGCCUGCCCUCGAGCAGGGCCCCGGCCACAGUCCUGCGACUCCCAGCCUCACGUGAGCACCCAGCACUCCCAGGAGCACCUUGGGGCGGAGCUCCCGCACCUCCCGCACUCACGCUCUCCCGGCCAUCUGCCCAGGAGCCACUGUGGCAGCUGCUCGCGGAGGAGAAGCUGGGCCAGGGCAGCUGUCCGCCGCUCAGUCUAACCUGACCCUUACUGCCUGGCUUUGGCCUGGGGUCCAAGUACCCACCCUCCACAUGUACCCACUGCCCGUCCUGCGCCCAGGGGGACCGUCCUGGGUCACGUGGCCUCAUCCCAUCUCCUCGUGCCCGCCGGGAGCCUGCCAGCGGGCUGUCCGGGCCCCGGGCGUCCCGGUGCUGCAGGAUCCGCCCACCUUGGCCGCAGCUUCUUCUGGCCGCUCGCCUGCCCCAUCUCCCCGCAGCGGGCCGCUCCUUCCUUCGGCCCAAAGCCAGGCCUCCCGCGGUGCUGCUUCCCUCUCGCUGGCUGCGACUCUGGCACCAGGGCCCGUGUCUGCACCUCACAACUGAGUCGCCGGAGCCUGGAACAGAGCACACAUUUGGGAUGAGCCGUGGAACGGACAAAGUUAUGGGCCCUUCUCCCUCCCUUUCUGGUUGGGAAGCAUUUGGCCGUUGCCCACCUGAGCCUCAACUUUCCACCUGUAAAAUGGGGUGACAGUGCCAGGGCCUGGCGUCCAGCGAGGCCGAGUGCUGGCCCUCUUGCCUCACCCGCUCCCCGCCCGAGGACUUCCCCCACCUCGUCCUGCCGACAGCCUCCCGUCAGAGUGUCACCUCUGGGAUCUGGGAGGUGGGACGUGGUCAGGACCCCCUCCCUGUGGCCCCUCGGAAGGGGCUGCAGUGCUACUUCCUUGCUCUGCCCCCCGAGGCAGCACUGGGGCCAGGGACAUCUGUGCAGGCCCCGGUGAUGAGGGGCGAGCAGAGGUGCUGGGGGAGCAACUGGCAGAAGGGGUCUGAGCCUAGGCAGCUGGGAGGAUGCCAGGCCCCCUGUGGGCCUUCCCCGUCAUGGCCAGCGUCCAGCCACCACCCUCCUCUGAGACCACCUGCAGCGGGGCCAGACCGCGGGGAGGGAGAGACAGGGACGGCCGAGGGCUCGGACACAGGGUUUAGAGCUGAGAUCAGGAAAGAGAGCGUCCAGGUGGGAAAUGGAGGGGCAGCGAGAGGGAGAGACGCCAGGGCUGGCGGGCUCCUGUCUCGGGAGAUGUUCUCCCUCAUCUCACAGAGGUUCUGCGAGGUGGGGGCCCUCCCCAAGCCCUGAGCCGGCAGGUGACACAGCUGGGGUCCCUCUGCCACACCUGCCCAAGAGGUCUGCUGCAGCAGAGCAGGCCCUGAGAGACCCCGGGAGGCCAGGGCAGAGCGGGGAGGGGUCUCGGGAGACCCGGCAGGGCAGGGCAGGGCACUCGCUGACCUGAGAUGGGAGCUGCCCAGGGAGGGGGCAGGGCCCGCCUCGGGGCCAUGGGAAGCAGCGGGCGCUGGGCCACGGGGAGGCUGCAGGGACAGUUUUUCCCAUCCUUGCCCCUCCUCCCGGACUUCCUCCUCUCUCCCGGUUUGGCAGGGUGCGUGCUGCGUCCUGUCCCCGGAACAGGCAGCCUGUUCAUUCCGGGCCUCCACACUCCAGACCGUCUUCCCUCCUCCCUCCUGCCUUAGCGCCUCCCGGUCCGGUCUUCAAGGAAAGUUUUGUAUUUUUCCGAUGAUCCUGGCACGGCGGUGCCCGACCCAGCUGCUCCUUGCAUCCUCUAGGCCAGGGGGCCGAGCCGCGGGGCCAUAGGCACAGGUGUGGGAAGCCCAUCCUCAAAGGACCUUCAUUCCUCACCACCCCCAGCCAUGGUAGAAGGGAAACCAAGGCCCCGAGAGGGUCUGGGGCUGGUCUGAGCCCCUCAGCCGGGAAGCCAAAGCCAGGAAAGGCUGGUGCGAGGAUGUGGGGAUGGGCCCGCCAGCUCCCGGAGGCGUCGUGAGCACGGUUCACCUCCUGCGUGACUGCGGGUCCUGAGCUUGCUCUGGGCACAUGGAGUAGACAGACCCCUGCUUCCUACCCUGAAGAGUCUCCGUCCGGCCAGAGGUGCCCCAUACCCCAAGUGUGCCAGCAGCCCAGAGGGGCCCUGCCAGGCAGGGACAGCCUGAGGGUGAGCGGGGCGACGCGGGUGCAGGGGAGGCCGAUGGGCUGGCUUGAGGGCUCUUUAAAGGGUCGGGGAUGAGGGGAGAGCCGCGGCCCCAGUGUCCGCCGGUGGCCCGGCCGCGUGAGGGCUUGGCAGCUCGCCUGGGGGGCUGGAGCUGGGCGGCCGCCCCCUCCUCUCCACCCCACUGGGCUCCAGCCAGGCUGCAUGCAGCCGCCACCGCCUCCCUGGACGCCCAGGCGGGCCCAGGUCGUGCAGCAGGAACCCCAAGGGUUGCUGGCCCCUCAGCCAGGAUGAGUGGUUCUCUGCCAGCUGGCUCGGCUGGACGCCCCCGGAGCUGGGUGUUGAGGAUGCCUGUGCCAGGGAGGGGGUGGUGGCUGCUGUCCUUCUGUUCUCUGUGUUUCCAUUUCCAUCUCAGAGCGAGCACAGUGCGCCAGCCUCCACCGCUCACUUCCGGAGCCAUAAAAGGAGAGAGGCUGAGAAUAGCUCGUGUGACGGCGCGAGGAGCUUCCCCACGCAGGUGCAGGCAGCAGGCUGCGGCAGCGAAGACGAGCUCUGUCCCAGCUCCUCCCUGGCCCGUGGUCCCUCCUCCAUGCCCUCUGCUGCCUCUCCCUCCCCGCCCUGGGGGCUGGGGCCUGAGCCCCCAGCCCUUCGAGCUGCCUGCCCCACUUGGCCGUCUCAUCCACAGGCCACCUGGUCCAGCUGAGGGCUCCCUCCUGGGCUCCUGAUCCCACAGCCGCCGACCCGGGUGCCCUGCCCAGCUGCAGGCUCCUGGGCGACCCCAGGCUGGCAUCUUCCCCCACUCCCCCCGCCCCCCCCCCCGAAGGUGGGCACCUCCCUGUCUGCUGUCGGCCUCUCAGAUGCCAGGCAUGGGCCACGAUGAUCUUUGGCCCUCAGGGGCCCAGGGUCUGCCGGGCCUCAGCCUCCUGGCCCCAGGUCUCAGCUCGACAUAUCCCCGGGCUGCCCCACAGGGUGCCUCGAUGGGCAUCUGUCCCUGGGGCACUGUCCGCUCCCUCCGGCUCUGUGCUCUGCCGUUGCUGCCGCGUAGUUCUUACUAACUGAACGAAGGGCCUGUGCUUCUGUUCUGCCACGGACCCCGCCAGUUAUGCAGCCGGUCCCACCUGCCAGGGUCACCUUCUUGGUUCUGGGGUCUCUCUGGAAAGAGGAUCGACACAGAAGGCGUGCGGGAGAAGGGGCCCCACUGUGUGCCGAGCAUUUCCCUGUGCCUUGGAACAGGCUGGGCAAACCAUCUUUGUCAGCCACUUUACAGAUGAGGAAGUUGAGGUGCAGAGAGGGUGGGAAAUGUGCUUGGGGAACCAGCUGGUGAGCAAAUGACCGAGACUCCUGGCCCUGAGGCCGAUCCUGUCUGACUGUCCGCUGCCAUCGGCCACUGUCAAAGUCCAGGGUCGGGCUACUCCGGACACCCUCUGAGCCUCAGUUUCUUCAGCUGAUGGGGGAGGGUUGCCCCUCGGAGGUUCAGGGUGGGGGGCGGGUCAGCAGGACCCCUGACCCGCAUGCCUUGUUCCCAACCCAUGUCCCCUCUUCUGCAUCCUUGGUCCUAAGAUCCAUGUCCAGGCAGCUGCCUGACCAGGGGGUGGCAGCAACCUCUGGAAGCGCUCCCUAGGGUGGGGGGGCCGCCAUGCCGGGUGGCUGGGGGAGCCCAGGGAGGGUGAUGACGUCUCGGACAUUCGCCUGCCCUACCACGUGCUGGCACUGUGCCUCUUCCUGGUUUGGGGGUGCCUGUCUGAUCCCCACAAGCCAGUGCAGACCCCGGAGGCCCGCACAGACCACUAGGCUCCUUCCCCCAUCCCGGCACAGCACAGCGCCCGCCUCCUCCUGUCCCCGCCUCCCUCCCCUGGCUGAGCUCCAGCCGGCUGUUAAGACUGUGACGUCCCAAGAGUCAGGAAUCGCCUGAGAUGGCCGAGGAGCUGGGUGCACAGCCCAGACUGCCAUGGGUGUCCCCGCCCGCACCCCACUUCAUGGAUUCUUCUAAACACACCCUCACUCCUCCCUGGCCACGCAGACUGGGCGUCAGGCCUCCGGGCGGGGGCGGGGGCGGGGCAUCACGUCAGGGGACGGGCCCCUAAGAGAAGGCCCGGCAGCAGGGCUGGGGGGCCGCAGGCUCAGGCCGGGUUGGGCCUCAGAGCGAGGAAGGGUAGAACCAGCCGUCCUGGGGGUCGGCGCUGCCCACCAGCUCUGGAAGCAGGCUCGCCCCGCCCCGUGCUGGCGCCGGCCCAUGACUGCCCUAUGGACAGGUGUCCUCCCUGGAGGUGCCGCCCUUGGCCCUCAGCUGGAGGUGAGGAGCCUCUGGGACCCCUCAGGUUUCGGGCGGAGGCAGGGGUGGGCUCCAGGGCCCUCCUCGCCACGGCCCACUCGCCCAGACCCACGGCCGCCCCUGCCCUCUGCUCCCCUCCUGCCUGGGUCCCAGCCUGGUGCUCUCCCACCACCCCUCCCUCGUUCUCUCCCUCUGUCCGGUCUCUGAAUCCAGGCCUGGUGCCCACUGGCCCGGCCCCUCAGCCCUCCUGCAGACGGUGGUCUUUGUCGGCCCUGUCCUUGUCCACCCAGAAGGAGGCCAGGCCCUCCGGUGUGCACUGCCUCUAGGGCUGCGGGGCAAACCACAGGGCAGAGAGGAGAGCUGGCGGGGAGGCCCGGAUGCGGCCUCUGGGGGCAGAGGUCUGAGCCCCAGCCCGGAGGUCGGGGUGAGGUUUCAGGGCCCUGCGCUGAGAAACGGGGGCCUUUCCACAGACCCCCGGCCCAGCCCCCAGCAGGCGUCCGCAGGCCCGCAGGUCCACUCCGGUAACGGCCCCAAACACCCCUCCUCCUGGAGAGGGUGGGGGACACUGAGACCGACUGGGGGCUGCUCCGUGCUCUCCGCCCUGACGGCACCGCCCAUCCCAGAACCAGGCUGUCCCCAGGGCCCUGUGUACCCCCAACAGGUGGGGCUUGGGGGCUUGGCUCCCUCACACCAGGUUGGGGCAGAGACUGGGGAGCCUCGGGGAAGAGUUGAGACACCCCUAGACACUGGCCUCUCCCCUCCCCUGCAGAGUCAGGACUCCCACACGCUGCCCUCCCUCCCAGGCCCUCCUCCCAGCCCAGCUCGGCCCCAGGACCUAUCCGAGCCGGCCCGUCACCCAGCAACUUACCGCCUACCACCCGCUUCCAUGGGCAGGGGCAGCUUGGGGAGCCGUCCAUCUCCUGCUACCCCAGCCCCUGCCGGGGGCAGCCAAGUGGAAAUGGGCCCUCCAUUUACAGCCUAAGCACCGCACAAGGAAGCCACAUUCGCCAAACUGGGCAGGCGCCACAUUUUUCUAAAUAAACGUAAAAUGCCACGUCAGGAGCCCACAGGAUCUAGGUGUCUCCCCUGGCAAGAUGAGAGUGAGCCUGGGGAGGCGGGAGGUGGUAUCCUGGAGGGCCGUCCCAGGCAGGCCUGCAGGCUCACGUGCCACCUGUGUUCCCCCACGCCACCCUCAGCAAGAGGCACUCAAGUGACACCCAUGGCCCACGGUCCAGGCUCUGAAUUCUGAGUGUCCCACUUGCAAGUUGUGUAAUCGUUGUCACACCACUUCCUCCAUGGCCACCGCCACCCCCUCCACCACCAUCAUCACCACCGUCAUCACCAUCAUCAUCACCAUCACCAUCAUCAUGCCCACUGUCACACCGUCAUCACCACCAUCAUCAUCAUCACCACUGUCAUCACCGUCAUCACCACCAUCAUCACCACUGUCAUCACCACCAUGACCAACAUCAUCACCCUCAUCAUCACCAUCAUCAUAACCAUCAUCAUCACCACCAUCAUCACCCUCAUCAUCACCACUGUCAUCACCGUCAUCACCACCAUCAUCACCACUGUCAUCAUCAUCACCACCGUCAUCACCACCAUGACCAACAUCAUCACCCUCAUCAUCACCAUCAUCAUAACCAUCAUCAUCACCACCCUCAUCACCACUGUCAUCAUCACCACCAUCAUCACCAUCACCACCAUCACCACCACCAUCACCACCACCAUGACCCUCAUCAUCACCACUGUCAUCAUCAUUUCCACCAUCACCACCGUCAUCACCACCAUCAUCAUCAUCACCAUCAUCACCCUCAUCAUCACCACCAUCACCACCAUCAUCACCACUGUCAUCACCACCAUCACCACCAUCACCACCAUCAUCACCACCAUGACUCUCAUCAUCACCACUGUCAUCAUCAUUUCCACCAUCACCACCACAUUAUCACCAUCAUCAUCACCACCUCCAUCACCACCAUCACCCUCACCAUCCCCACUGUCUCAGUCAGCUCAGAACCCUGCAACAAAAUACCACAGACUGGGUGGCUUAAACAACAGACAUUUAUUUCUCACAGUUCUGGAGGCUGGGAGGUCCAAUAUACGGGUGGCAGCCCAUUAG